GAGGUGGCCCACAUCCGCCGCGCGGAGGAGAUCGCGAGAACGCUGGAGCGCGCUGGCGGGGCGGAGAGCGACCCCUGGUGGGAGAAGGUUCCUGACCUGGACAUCACCUCCAUUGCCAAGCUCAUUGCUUUCACGCUGCAGUGCAUGUAUCACAUGCGCAGGUGGGAGACUGUCCUGCGCUUGGCCCGGAGCUUCAACGACGUGACCUGCUCAGCGUUCGCCACGUCCUUCUUGCCGAUCACCGUGGGUGCCCAACGUGAGGCAGUGGCAGCUCUCGUCCUCGCCGCGUCGCUGGCCUCUGCCAGGGCGGCCGCUGAGCAGGUCAACCCGAUCGGGAAGGUGCUCGAGCUGAUCUCCGACCUGCAGACGAAGAUCAUCGGCGAGGGCGAGACGUCGCAGAAGGUGUACGAGUCGUUCUCCGAGUGGUGCGAGGAGAGCAACAAGAACCUGGCGUUCGAGAUCAAGACCUCGAAGUCCGAGAUCCAGGACCUCAAGGCCAUCAUCAGCGAGGAGACCGCCAUGGUCAACUCCCUCACGGCAAAGGCCGAGGAUCUGGCGCAGCAGAUCGCCACCGACGAGGCGGACCUGAAGGCGUCGAGCUACAUCCGCGGGAGCGAGUCCAAGGCCUUCGAGGCUGAGAGAGCGGAGCUCGCGGACAUCAUCGACACGCUGAGCCGCGCCAUUGGCAUCCUCGAGAAGCACGCGAGCGCCUCGCUCCUGCAGGCCAAGGGUGCCACCAGCCUGGUGGAGGCCCUGCACGUCAUGGUGCAGGCCUCUGGCUUCAGCGCCUCCGACGCCCAGCGCCUGACGGCACUCGUGCAGCAGUCGCAGGACGCCGAGGGGGACAACGAGGGCGCCCCCAGCGCCUCCGUGUACGAGGGCCACAGCGGCGGCAUCGUGGACGUCCUGCAGGACCUGCUCGACAAGGCGCAGGUCUCCCUGAAGAACGCGCAGAACAAGGAGACGUCGAACCUGUUCGCUUUCGAGAAGCUCAAGCAGUCCAUCGAGGACGAGAUCGCCUACGGCAAGAAGGAGCUCGCGGAGGCCAAGGCGGGCAUCGCGGCCGCCAACGAGAAGAAGGCGACGGCCACGGGUGACCUCGAGGUGACCUCCAAGGACCUCGCGGACGAUGUCAAGGAGCUGGGCGACCUGCACGAGAACUGCAUGACCACCGCGCAGACCUUCGAGGCGGAGGUCAAGAGCCGCGCGGAGGAGCUGAAGGCUCUCGCGGAGGCCAAGAAGGUCAUCUCUGAGAACACCGGCGGCGCCGAGUCCCUGUCCUACGGCCUGAGCCAGCAGGCCUUCCUGCAGCUCUCCUCCGGCACGGAGCUCGCGCACUUCGAGGCCGUCCGCUUCGUGCGGGACCUCGGCAGGCGCCAGAACGCCCUGGCCCUGACGCAGCUGGCCAACCGCAUGGCGACCGCGAUGCGCUCCGGUGGGGCGUCGCAGAUCUUCGCCAAAGUCAAGGGCCUCAUCGCUGACAUGAUCGACCGCCUCGAGAAAGAGGCAGAUGCCGACGCGAAGCACAAGGCUUAUUGUGAUAAGGAGCUUGCCUACGCUGACCAGAAGAAAGCGGACCGCGUGGCGGAAAUCGAGAAGCUCACCGUCGCGAUCGACGGGAUGUCGGCACGUUCCGCGCAGCUGAAGGAGGAGAUCGCGACACUGGAGAAGGAGCUGGCCACUAUCGCCACCGAGCAGGCAACCAUGGACAAGAUCCGCGCCGAGGAGAACGCUGCGUACGUCAAGAACAAAGCUGAUAUGGAGCAGGGCAUCAAGGGUAUCCAAAUGGCGCUCAAGGUCCUGACCGAGUACUACGCGUCGGACAAGGAACACUCGGCGGCCGAGGGCGCCGGUCAGGGAAUCAUCGGCCUGCUCGAGGUGAUCGAGUCGGAUUUCCAGAAGGGCCUCUCCGACAUGACGGGGGCCGAAGAGAGCGCCCAGGCGGAAUACGAGCAGCUCACCAAGGAUAAUGAGAUCGCCACCGCGACGAAGACCCAGGACGCGAAAUACAAGACCAAGGAGUCCAAGGACCUGGACAAGGCGACCGCCGAAGCGGAGUCGGACCGCUCUGGGGUCCAGACGGAGCUCGAGGCAGUCGAGAAGUACCUGGCCAAGCUGCACGAGCAGUGCGACGAGACCGCGCCGACGUAUGCCGAGCUCGUCAGCCGCCGCUCCGCGGAGAUCGCCGGGCUCCGGCAGGCGCUGCAGAUCCUCGAGGGCGAGGCCGCGCUGGUCCAGCAGCUGAGCCGGCACCAGACGCUGCGCGGCGUGCGGAGGCACCUGGAGGGGGUCUAUCCGUCGCCGUUCCGGCUCGAGGCGCCAACUCAGCAGCGUUCGCCCACCUACCGGACCCUGCCGGGCUCCCGCGCAAUGAAGGCAGUGGCAGCUCUCGUCCUCGCCGCGUCGCUGGCCUCUGCCAGGGCGGCCGCUGAGCAGGUCAACCCGAUCGGGAAGGUGCUCGAGCUGAUCUCCGACCUGCAGACGAAGAUCAUCGGCGAGGGCGAGACGUCGCAGAAGGUGUACGAGUCGUUCUCCGAGUGGUGCGAGGAGAGCAACAAGAACCUGGCGUUCGAGAUCAAGACCUCGAAGUCCGAGAUCCAGGACCUCAAGGCCAUCAUCAGCGAGGAGACCGCCAUGGUCAACUCCCUCACGGCAAAGGCCGAGGAUCUGGCGCAGCAGAUCGCCACCGACGAGGCGGACCUGAAGGCGUCGAGCUACAUCCGCGGGAGCGAGUCCAAGGCCUUCGAGGCUGAGAGAGCGGAGCUCGCGGACAUCAUCGACACGCUGAGCCGCGCCAUUGGCAUCCUCGAGAAGCACGCUAGCGCCUCGCUCCUGCAGGCCAAGGGCGCCACCAGCCUGGUGGAGGCCCUGCACGUCAUGGUGCAGGCCUCUGGCUUCAGCGCCUCCGACGCCCAGCGCCUGACGGCACUCGUGCAGCAGUCGCAGGACGCCGAGGGGGACAACGAGGGCGCCCCCAGCGCCUCCGUGUACGAGGGCCACAGCGGCGGCAUCGUGGACGUCCUGCAGGACCUGCUCGACAAGGCGCAGGCCUCCCUGAAGAACGCGCAGAACAAGGAGACGUCGAACCUGUUCGCUUUCGAGAAGCUCAAGCAGUCCAUCGAGGACGAGAUCGCCUACGGCAAGAAGGAGCUCGCGGAGGCCAAGGCGGGCAUCGCGGCCGCCAACGAGAAGAAGGCGACGGCCACGGGUGACCUCGAGGUGACCUCCAAGGACCUCGCGGACGAUGUCAAGGAGCUGGGCGACCUGCACGAGAAUUGCAUGACCACCGCGCAGACCUUCGAGGCGGAGGUCAAGAGCCGCGCGGAGGAGCUGAAGGCUCUCGCGGAGGCCAAGAAGGUCAUCUCUGAGAACACCGGCGGCGCCGAGUCCCUGUCCUACGGCCUGAGCCAGCAGGCCUUCCUGCAGCUCUCCUCCGGCACGGAGCUCGCGCACUUCGAGGCCGUCCGCUUCGUGCGGGACCUCGGCAGGCGCCAGAACGCCCCGGCCCUGACGCAGCUGGCCAACCGCAUGGCGACCGCGAUGCGCUCCGGUGGGGCGUCGCAGGACAUCCGAUCUUCGCUAAAGUCAAGGGCCUCAUCGCUGACAUGAUCGACAGCCUCGAGAAAGAGGCGGAUGCCGACGCGAAGCACAAGGCUUAUUGUGAUAAGGAGCUUGCCUACGCUGACCAGAAGAAAGCGGACCGCGUGGCGGAAAUCGAGAAGCUCACCGUCUCGAUCGAUGGGAUGUCGGCACGUUCCGCGCAGCUGAAGGAGGAGAUCGCGACACUGGAGAAGGAGCUGGCCACCAUCGCCACCGAGCAGGCAACCAUGGACAAGAUCCGCGCCGAGGAGAACGCUGCGUACGUCAAGAACAAAGCUGACAUGGAGCAAGGCAUCAAGGGUAUCCAAAUGGCGCUCAAGGUCCUGACCGAGUACUAUGCGUCGGACAAGGAACACUCGGCGGCCGAGGGCGCCGGUCAGGGAAUCAUCGGCCUGCUCGAGGUGAUCGAGUCGGAUUUCCAGAAGGGCCUCUCCGACAUGACGGGGGCCGAAGAGAGCUCCCAGGCGGAAUACGAGCAGCUCACCAAGGAUAAUGAGAUCGCCACCGCGACGAAGACCCAGGACGUGAAAUACAAGACCAAGGAGUCCAAGGACCUGGACAAGGCGACCGCCGAGGCGGAGUCGGACCGCUCCGGGGUCCAGACGGAGCUCGAGGCGGUCGAGAAGUACCUGGCCAAGCUGCACGAGCAGUGCGACGAGACCGCGCCGACGUAUGCCGAGCUCGUCAGCCGCCGCUCCGCGGAGAUCGCCGGGCUCCGGCAGGCGCUGCAGAUCCUCGAGGGCGAGGCCGCGCUGGUCCAGCAGCUGAGCCGGCACCAGACGCUGCGCGGCGUGCGGAGGCACCUGGCCUGAGAGGGCCCGGCCCCGCCAGGGGCGCGGCUCGGCGCGGGGUGCAGCAGCGCAGGCGCCCGGCGAGUGCGGACCAGGUGGCUCUGUGGGCCUCCCGCGUGAGUCCUCCGACCCCGUCUACCCGGGCCCCAUCUAGCAGGCCUCCAGUGGCCCUCCUGUGAUGCUCGCUCUUCCUUGGCGGACGAGCGGCGCCGCAGCGCGUUGCCAGAAGCGGCCCUGGCCCAAGGCGUGUCCCCGACUGCUCCUCGCACCUUUGCAGAGCCCCUCGGGGAGGAGGGAGGAGGAGGAGCAUCGCGCAUGACCGUGCCGUGUCGGCGGGCUCCACACGGUGCAGGGCGCGCACAUCUGGCCUCGAGGCAUCUUCUGGUUCUCCCAAUCCUGAGCGCAUACGCCUUCCAUAUGACAAG